UCUGAUCUCAUAAACAAACUAGAAUAGCAUAUCCCCACUUUCUCAUCACUUUGAGACACUUAAAUUAGCUACAGCUUACUAAUUUACCAUGGUUUCCGAGAGGAUAGUGUCCAAGAGUGUAUGUGUUAUUGGUGCCGGACCCUCAGGACUGGUGGCAGCGAGAGAGCUAAAAAAGGAAGGGCACAAUGUGUUGGUUUUUGAACAAUGUCAUGAUAUUGGAGGGCAAUGGCUGUACAAUGCUCAAGUUGAAGGGGAAGAUCCCUUAGGAAGGUCUAGAUUCUUGAAGGUCCAUAGUAGCAUUUAUGCAUCGCUAAGGCUCAUAUCUCCAAGAGAAAUUAUGGGGUUUUCUGACUUCCCUUUCUUGACCAAAAAGGGGAGAGAUCAAAGGAGAUUUCCAGGCCAUGAGGAGCUCCUCGCUUAUUUAGGUGAUUUUUGUGAGUUUUUCAAGGUGAGAGAGAUGAUAAGGUUCAACACUAGGGUCGAGUACGUUGGGAUGAUGAAUGAUGAUAACGGGCUCGGGGGCGACAUGAGGUGGACUGUGAAGAGCAAAGAGAAGAAGGGUGGUGAUGAGAAGGUUGUGGAAGAAGUCUUUGAUGCUGUGGUGGUGGCUUCUGGUCAUUAUUCCCAGCCCAGGCUGCCUCGGAUCAAAGGGAUGAAUGCGUGGAGAAGAAAGCAGAUGCAUAGCCAUAUUUACAGAAUGCCAGAGCCGUAUCGCAAUGAGGUGGUUGUGGUAGUUGGGAGUUCACUGAGUGGGCAGGAUAUUUCCAUGGAGCUUGUAAAUGUAGCAAAGGAAGUUCAUUUGAGCGCCAAGUAUCCUCGUAACGUUCCGGAAGGCUUGUCAAAAGUCAUCUCCAAACAUGCUAACUUUCACAUUCACCCUCAGAUAGAGUCAUUGCAAGAAGAUGGGCAGGUUGUGUUCAUGGACGGCAGUUCCACCAUUGCAGAUACCAUCUUAUACUGUACAGGGUACUCCUACUCCUUCCCAUUUCUUGACACCAAAGGCAUGGUUGUAGUGGACAAUGACAGAGUGGGACCCCUAUAUGAGCACACAUUUCCUCCUUCACUAUCUCCUUCUCUGUCCUUCAUUGGUAUCCCAAGAAAGCUCAUAGGGUUCCCUUUCUUCGAGUCUCAAGCAAUAUGGAUAGCGCAGCUUUUAUCUGGAAAAAGGACACUGCCAUCACGGGAGGAAAUGAUGCGGUCCAUAAAGGAGUUUUAUAAGUCUAGGGAUCUUGCUGGCAUUCCUAAGCAUAAUACCCACGACCUUGCGGACUUUGACUACUGCGAUAAAUAUGCAGAUUAUGUUGGAUUCCCACAUCUAGAAGAAUGGAGAAAGGAGCUUUGCAUAUCAGCUCUGAUAGACUCAGAAAUCAACCCGGAGACGUAUAGGGAUGUAUACGAUGACCAUGACAUGCUUCAAGUAGCUUAUCAGAGUCCUCACUUCACUCAGGUUGACUCUCAGGCUUUCACUGGGUGAAUACAUUGAACAGAAUAUGCAACACUUCUCCAUUCAGUUUAUGCAGGACUAAUUUAUUUAAUUGGUUGAUAGCUACCACUAGACUUAAGUGUUUUUCUCAGCAUGUAACAAAAGACACAUCAUCAAGAUGAAACAAUCUAUGCUAUCUACCUUCUAUUUAUCAAGACUUAAGUUUGUUUUGCAUGAGGCAUCUUCCCAAGUGUACAAACCAAAAAGUGAAGACAUGGGAAAAAGAAAAUCUGAUUUUUGGCUGUAAAUAAGCAACUAAUGUGGAGUUUCCAUAAUCUGUCAAUAAGCUUAAAAAAACUGGUCGCCCUCAUCAACUACACAGAAAUUAGAAUAUAUAUUAGAGUAAAACUAGUUCCAACCACCAACUAAUGUUUUUUAUUCAAUAAAUAAGAUGAUGACACUGCUUAUGAUGCCACUUUUCAACUUAAACGUUUCUGGUGAAAAUGCUUUAUGUGUAACUGCUUCCCGCAUAUGGUUACCAAGCAUAAGUGACAUGCACUAUAGAGUAAGGACCACAGUGGGCAAAAAAAUAGAGGCCUCAUAAGUCACAACGAUCGAUUUGUGAUGAUCAUUAACCAUAACAUUUUUUCCUAUUAUAUAUAUCAAUAUCAUCUUAAUUUUUUUUUUUUUUUUUUAUUUUGUUACAUCUUAAUUAUUUCAUUUACAUUCCUUUUGAUUGUUAUUGUGUGCACUUGUUCUUUUUCCUCAGAAAGAUACUCUAAUAGUGCCAUUUUUUAGAAAUCGAAAUUCCCACCACCAUUGUAUACCUUUUUUGUUUCACCAGUUGCUCAGCGCAUUAUAAACACCUGGUGUUGUGGGAUGAUGUGUUGACCCACCAGAAGAAUAAUGUUCUUGUAGACUCAUAUAAACAAAAGAGCUAAAGUAGUCAUGAAUGUCAGGAAUUUUUUUUGAGUGGUUGAGUAGUCCCAACUCAAAAUUGCAUACCAUAAAUUAUAUACUUAAUCCUUGAACGAGCACAUCAGCCAUAGGAAAAGUUUUGUCAACAAUAAUAUGAACAGUCCUUGUAAAUUGAGAUGGAAAAGACUGAGUUCAUAUCCACCUCGGCACAACCGGUUAAUGAUCUCUUUCGGAAUUCUCAGCAGAGCCAAACUUGUCACUUCGCGACCAAUUGUAACAACCUCAAGUCCAGGUAUGGUUCCCUAUCGGAGUUUCCUAGCAAUUUCCAAAUUCAAAAUCUACUCAACCAUGCAAAGUGCCACUUCAUAACAGUGAGGGAAAAACUAAUGUGCUAGUUCUGUUAACAUAGGUAGAAGAUCUUUGCUUGAGCUUUGCAGACCCAGACACUGUUACAACAGCUAAUUUCUCCCAGAUAGACUACAAAGGGACCAUAAUAAUUGGGUGCUACCAAUAAUCUUUGCAAGAACAAAUACCUCCACUAAAAUGGUGAAAGAGAUAUAUAUCUCUGACGAUAAUAUUCCUUCUAUAAACUGCUGAGACAAGCUUAAAGAAGUGAUGGCAGUCAUGGCAAAUCCUUAAAUUUUUCAUUAUCCUUAAGGUAUUACUCGAUGAAUUCAAAAGCCCAAAUGCUAAUGCGAGUUUCUCACUAUGGUGUAUCAGAUUAUGUUCCUUCUCCUCUUCCUCAACAUCAUAUAAAACCAUUCCUGUAUCUGCCUCAUAGCCAAGUAAUUUCAACUUUUCUUUCAUGUCUGCCAACAUAUUGCGAACAUUCUGAUAUCCUGGACCAAUUGAAUCUGAAGCCUGAAAUACAUACAUUGCACUAUCAAUUUCAAUUGAACUCCAACCAGGGACCUUUCUGAUUCCUUUGCUAUCCAUUAAUUUCCUUACUUCUCCAACUUCGGCCCACUUCUUAUCAUGAACAUAAGCAUUUGACAGCAACACAUAAUUUUCUGCAUUCCAUGGUUGUAGCGCAAGAAGCUUUUGGAUUGCAAACUCGCCUAUUUCUGCAUGUCCAUGAAAUCUGCAAGCAAAGAGCAAAGCCCUCCAUAUAGCAGGGUCUGGCUGCAGACUCAUAAAAUGGAUCAUCUCCACAGCUUCAUCCAAAAAGCCACCACGACCAAGUAGAUCAACCAUACACCCAUAAUGUUCAAUAGUUGGUUCCAACCCAAACUCAUUCCUCAUUCUUGCAAAAAGUGUCCUACCUUCCUCAACGAAUCCUUGGCGACAACAAGCACACAAAGCUCCCAAGAAAGUCAACCCAUCAGGCUUGAAAUUUUCCAUGAUCAUCCUAUUGAAAGAUUGCAGUCCAACCUCGCCUCUUCCAUUCAUGGCAUAUCCUGAUAUCAUAACAUUCCAUGUAUGCACAUUUUUGUCCGGCAUGGACAGAAAAACCUUCUCAGCAGCAUCAAUAUCACCACAUUUAGCGUACAUGUCAAUAAGUGCAGUGCCAACAUAAACAUUCAGCAUCAAACCAUUGUUUUUUAUGUAAUCAUGAAUGAACAUCCCUUGAUCCAAAGCUCCCAAAUGAGCACAAGCAGACAAAACACUGGACAUUGUCACCUCACCAGGGCGAACAUCACUCCCCAGCAAUUCUCGAAACACGUCAAUUGCCUCCCUGAAUUUCCCCAUAUGCGCAUAACCAGAUAUUAACGAAUUCCAUGAAACCGUAUUUCUUUCAGGCAUUUCAUCGAAUAUCCUGCGAGCUUCCUUGCACUGUCCGAACCCACAGUGCAUGUAAACCAGAGAGGUGCUUGCAUAAAUAUCAGAACGAAACCCCAUUUUUAUUACACUACAAUGCACUGAUUGGCCGAACCCCGCGUAGCACAACUGAGCUACUGACUUAAGGACGCUUGGGAAAGUCGAGUUAUCAGGCCGAAUGUCGAGUCUGUGCAUUUGGGUGUAAACAAAAACCGAAUACAAGUGCUUUCCUGAAUCCGUAUAUCUUCUGAUAAUGCAGUUGCAAGUCUCCACAUCAAUGAGAUGACCAAACUGGGUAAAGAGAAUGGCGGAUGGACCAAACCCGCGAGAUGGCAGAGAAGCGUCGAGAAGUUUCGUGAAGGAUGGGUGGCUAAAUAAUGGUUGGAAGCCUGAGAGGAUUGCAGACGAGCGAUCACCGGCAGACGGAAGUCGUUGGAGUAGAUUCAGUGAUGAUUUCAUGAUAAACACAAAUUACUUGGGCCAACAAGUAUUACACU